AUGACAACAGCACGACGAAAGCUCUCAUUUCCAAAGAGGAGAAUGUCAAUAACCGAAAUCCGAUCAUUGAACAGUAAUGAUCUGAUUCUUUCCAGCAAGUGGUGUCUCGCCUUUACUGCCAUUUUCUUGCUGUAUGGACUGCCCUUUGUGGCAACAUGUGUAUCAGCAUUUGGAUUGGUGCUCUUUCCCUUUCAAACAAAGUCGUUCUACCAUUUAUUGAAGGAUUUGAGAAAGUGGGUUUUACUGUCAGCCUUUGCCUUUGUGGCCAGUUUCAAAUCCUACGUGAUCCUCGAGUUGGCCUCCAAGAAGACGGAACACGAGUCUUAUUCCUACUUUCUUUGGCUCUCUGGAACUGCCAUUCACACAGUGGCUGGAGGGUUCCUCGCGUAUUGUCUUUACACCGACUAUCUCAAAGAACCAGAGAAUGCUCAAUCCACCAUUCAGUUUCUAGAAGUUCGUGUCCACAUUUUAAAGGGCCGCAAUUUGGUUGCCAAGGACCACAACAUUUUUGGAAAACCUACGACUUCGGAUCCCUAUGUACGAGUGUUGCACAACAACCACUACGUGGGUGAGACAGCCAUUGUUUGGAAGACCCUCAACCCGACCUGGAAGGAGGAACGAUUCAUUUUGCCCGUGGUCCACAAGACACUGAUUCGCUGCAACGAACUGGAAUCGGUCCUCAUGGAUCGUGACAAAUUUAGCAAGGAUGACAAUAUGGGCACCGUCAUGGUUCCGAUUCCCCAAAAUCUAAACAUGAAGGUUUGCCAAUGGUACAAGGUUGGCACAGGACAGCCUGGAUCACCCAAUUAUUGUCCUGAUCCAACGGGAGAAUUACAAGUGGAAGUAGAAGUCCGUCAACUCUUGUCGAAGCGUUUCAAGCGACAAUUGCAUCGCAAAUCAUCGGAUUCAUUUUCAUUAUCGUCGUCGUCGAGUGGCCGCAACUUGUUUGUUGCAUCACCCAAAAAGCAAAGAAAACAACAACCACCACGAAAUAACAUACCAAUGGAACUUGCAAAAUCCAUAAAAAGGCUAGAUAUCACGCUGGAGGAUGAUGAUCUGGCUUCCCAGGCGACGGACGAGAUUCAUUCACUCGAUAACUCAUCGUCGUCUCCUGACAGGACCACGACGAUACAACGCCGCAAAGCGUUCUUGUCACCAUCCAGUGCUGCGGAUAUUAGUGAUGUGGAUUCCAGCAGGAAAAAGAAAAUCAAAAGGCGCUUGUCCUCGGGACUCAAGAAAUUACCCCGUAUCAGCAGUUUGUCGCCCAAACGCAAUAGCAACCGAAAAGCCAGCGCCAUGAAUAAGAUACCACGAAAAUUGCAAUAG